AGGAAUAAUUAACUACUUUUCUAAUGAGGGGGAGAUGUGGCCUGGUUUGGGCUCCUUCAUGGCCCUGGUGCUGUUAGCAGUUUUGGGGUUCCCUUCUCAAACGUGGAGCCUCAACCCAGAUGACCCCAACGUAUGCAGUCACUGGGAGAGCUAUGCAGUGACUGUGCAGGAAUCCUAUGCUCACCCAUUCGACCAGAUCUACUACACCAGAUGCACAGACAUUCUCAACUGGUUCAAAUGCACCAGGCACAGGAUCAGCUAUAAGACUGCAUACCGGCGGGGCGUGAGGACCAUGUACAGGCGCCGCUCGCAGUGUUGCCCUGGAUACAUCGAGAGCGGAGACCUGUGUGUCCCUCUCUGUACAGAGGAGUGUGCUCAUGGCCGCUGUGUUUCCCCUGAUACCUGCCAGUGUGAACCUGGGUGGGGAGGACUGGACUGCUCCAGUGGUUGCCAGAAUGACUAUUGGGGGGCCCACUGCAGUAACCGAUGCCAGUGCCAGAACGGGGCGCUCUGCAACCCCAUCACGGGCGCCUGCGUCUGCACCGACGGCUACCAGGGCUGGCGCUGCGAGGAGACCUGCGAGCCGGGGCACUACGGCAAGGCCUGCCAGCUGCCCUGCCAGUGCCUCAAUGGCGCCACCUGCCACCACCAGACAGGGGAGUGCCUCUGUGCGCCAGGCUACACCGGGGUCUACUGUGAGGAGCGCUGCCCAGCUGGGAGCCACGGGCCGCAGUGUGAGCAACGCUGCCCAUGUCAGAACGGAGGGGUGUGCCACCACAUCACCGGGGAGUGCGCCUGCCCCCCAGGAUGGAUGGGCUCAGUCUGUGCCCAGCCGUGCCCGUUUGGCAGGUUUGGCAUCAACUGCACCCAGGAAUGCCCGUGCCGCAACAGCGGGCUGUGUGACCACAUCAGCGGCCAGUGCCAGUGCGCGGCAGGGUACACCGGGGAAAGGUGCCAGGAGGAGUGCCCAGUUGGCACCUAUGGCCCACAGUGUGCAAAGAAAUGCGACUGCCAGAACGGUGCUACAUGUUACCAUGUCAACGGAGCAUGCGUGUGUGACACAGGCUUCAAAGGGGCCAACUGCCAGGACCGGUUCUGCCCAAAUGGGCUGUAUGGCCUCAUCUGCGACAAAUACUGCCCCUGUAAUGCCAGCAACACCCUCAGCUGCCACCCGCUGUCGGGUGAGUGCACCUGUGCAGCAGGCUGGGCGGGGCUGUACUGCAACGAGACCUGCCCCUCCGGUUACUAUGGCGAAGGCUGCAGUCAGCCGUGCAACUGCGCCAACAGGGCGGACUGCAACAGCUUCACAGGAGCCUGCAUCUGCGCACCUGGGUUCAUGGGAGAACACUGCUCUCUGAUUUGUCCUCCUGGACUAUACGGGACGAACUGUUCCAGCACCUGCGUCUGCCGAAACGACAUCGGGUGCUCUCCUCACGACGGAGCCUGUAUCUGCAGGGAAGGCUGGCAGGGUGUGGACUGCAGUGUCCCAUGCUCCGGUGGACUUUGGGGUUUGGGGUGUAACCAGUCCUGCGCCUGCGCCAACGAGGCAGCCUGUGACCCCAUGGACGGGUCCUGCACCUGCUCCGCUGGGUGGAGGGGUGACCUCUGUGACACUCCCUGUCCUGAUGGCACUUACGGGCUGGAUUGUCAGCAGCACUGUGACUGUGACCAUGCCGACGGCUGUGACCCUGUGAGCGGGCAAUGCCGCUGUCUUGCUGGCUGGACUGGGGUCCGCUGUGACAGUGUGUGCACCCAGGGCCACUGGGGACCCAACUGCUCCAGGACCUGCACCUGCGAAAACGGGGGCUCCUGCUCGCCUGAGGACGGCACCUGCGUGUGCGCCCCCGGAUACCGCGGGACGUCCUGCAAGAGGAACUGCUCCCCAGGGCUCUACGGGCAGCGCUGCAGCCUGUCGUGCCCGCAGUGCGUCCACAGCGUCGGGCCGUGCCACCACAUCACCGGGCUCUGUGAGUGCCUGCCAGGCUACUUCGGCUCUCUGUGCAGCCAGGUGUGUCCCAGUGACAGGUAUGGGAAAGACUGUGCAGAGGUGUGCCUCUGCAGCAAUAACGGCUCCUGCAGCCCCAUCGACGGCUCCUGCCAGUGCCUCUCCGGCUGGAUCGGGGAAGACUGCUCCCAGGCUUGUCCCUCGGGGUACUGGGGCCCCGACUGCAUCCACAGCUGUAACUGUCACAAUGGAGCCCAGUGCAGCGCCACAGACGGGGAGUGCAGGUGCAGCACCGGCUGGACUGGACUGUACUGCACUCAGCGCUGUCCCUCGGGGUUCUAUGGGCGGGACUGUCUGGAGGUGUGUCACUGCCAGAACGGAGCGGACUGUGACCACGUUAACGGGCAGUGCGCCUGCCGCACGGGCUUCAUCGGGUACAGCUGUGAGCUGAAAUGCCCGUCUGGGACGUUUGGUUAUGGUUGCCAGCAGCUGUGUGAGUGCCUGAAUAACGCCACCUGUGACUAUGUGACAGGCACCUGCUACUGCAGCCCUGGGUACAAAGGCAUCCGCUGUGACCAGGCGGCCCUGAUGAUGGAUGAGCUGAACCCGUACACUAAGAUCAGCCCGGCGCUGGUGUCGGAGCGGCAGUCUGCAGGUGCGGUGAUGGGCAUCAUCUUCCUCCUGCUGCUGAUCAUGGCCAUGCUGAGCCUGUUCGUCUGGCACCGGCAGAGACAGAGUGAGAAGAACCACGACAUGCCCAGUGUCUCCUACACGCCUGCUCUGGGGAUCUCCAGCACAGACUACACCCUCUCUGAUGCUUCUCAGACCAGUGUCAAUACCAGUGGCCACUGCUUCUCCAACCCUAGCUACCACACUCUGGGUCAAUGCAGUGUCACCCAGUGCCAUGGCAACAGCCUGGAUGGACAGUCCACCCUGAAGCCGAAGAGCAAGAAGGGGGACCGGACCAGUGCGGAGUGGAGGGCGUACUGCAACCUCAAAGACCUGGGUGUGCACUGCUUGGACCGACGUUACUCUUACGUUGUAGAACAGUGCUACAAAGAUUACAUGGAGUCCAUGUGCAGUGCCAGCACCUGCUCGCUCAGCAGCGAGAACCCCUACGCCACCAUCAAGGACCCGCCGGGCGUGGCCGUCAGACACUCAGAGAGCAGCUACAUGGAGAUGAAGUCCCCCGCCCGCCGGGAGCCGCCCUGCGGCUCCGCCUUUCGCUCCGCCUCCUGCCCCGCCUCUCGCGCUUCCUCUCGCCCCACUUCCGCCGCCAUCAAGAACGUCUACGACAUGGAACCCACUGUCAAUGUCAUGCAGAGCACAGGAGCAAUAUUGACCACGUUCUCUCAGGGUCCGUAUGACCUGCCUCGAAACAGCCACAUCCCUAGCCACUACGACCUGGUCCCAGUUCGCCUCAGCCCCACCCACAAAACGCCCCCCCCAGCCAGCCCCCCCGGCUCCCUCCUGUAGGGGGCAGGCCUCCAAAUGUCCAAUGUGGACAGGGCUAUGCUGCACAGCCCCGCCCCGCCCUGCCCCACCCUGCCGUGCACCACCAAGCCCUACCACACCCCACCCUGCCCAGGGUUCUCUCUCUGACUGUUGCGUGGUAACAGAGCACAGAUAGUGGGUAUACUUCUUUCUCGCUUGCUCUCUCUCUUUCUCUUUCUCCCCCCCC